AUGAAUGAGGAGGAUCAUUAUACUAUACAGCAGCAGCAACAGCAGCCUGUACCACCAUCUCAGCAACAACAACAACAUCAAAACUACCCACCAUCCAUGAUGAUUGGGUCAAACGGUGGAGGUGAAGGAGUAGUAGCUGCACAACAAUAUCCGCUGCCGAGUAAUACAACAUCCUCGCUGGCUCUAGAAAAUGACAAGUUGCGUUCCACGGAUAGUAAUGGCAGUCUCUUAUUGCCACCUGGAUGGAAUAAGGCAUUUUAUGCCUAUCAACCCAUUUCAAAUCAUAUGAAUCAUGCACAUCCUACUGCUACUACCACUACUACUACAUCCAAUUUGGCUGUACCACCUAUUCGAAUGGCAACCAUACCUCAUCAACCUACAUCAAAUCUAAUCCAAGAACCAUCACCUAUCCCAUACCAACAUCAAGCACCUGAUCAAAGUGCACGACGCCCUCAACGCAAAAGAAGACGACCUCCCCAUUCAUAUGCAUCCAUGAUUGCACAAGCCAUUCUCACUUCAGCUGAACACCGCUUGACAUUGCGUGAAAUUUACGAAUACGUCCAAAAUAGAUACCCACGUAUGUAUGAGGCUAAUGAACCUGGAUGGCAGAAUACCAUUCGGCAUAACCUGUCAUUGAAUCGCUGCUUUUACAAGCAACCAAGAAGCAUGGGCAAAGCCAAAGGCAAGGGUGGAUACUGGUGUGUCGACAUUGCCGAGCUCAACAAUACUACUUUUGGCAGCCAAAUUCUUGCAAGUGGCAUGUUUACCUCCUCGAUCGAUAACUGGCAAGAGCACCGUUUAAGAUACCAACAACAACAACAGCAUCAUCAAUCGGGACCAGAGACACAUUUGCCUAACACCCACCAUCAUCCAGACACCACCACCAACCAUCAUCGGAACUUUUGGAUACAACCAUAG